UUCUAUUGCAACACGACAUCAUCAACAUCUUUCUUCCCGCGGUCCUGGAUCACCGCCCUUAUGGCCACAGCCACACGGCUGGGUAAGAUCGCCGUUGCCGCCGUAGCCACCGCUGCCGGCGGAUCAAUCCUGCUUCAGCCUUCUCUCGCCUCUAAUGACCGUGGUACCAGUGGUCACGCUCUCGAGUCAUACAGGAACAAGAUCAAUGAUCUGACAGCAGUUGUUCCGCCCCGAUCGGUUCAGGAGUCGGCUCUGAUCGGUGCCAGCCCCGUCAAUCCUCUUGACAUUCUCGUUGUUGGCGGAGGCGCCACUGGAUGUGGCGUCGCGCUCGAUGCCGUUACUCGAGGACUUCGCGUAGGCCUCGUCGAGCGCGAGGAUUUCUCAUCCGGGACGUCUUCGCGCUCUACCAAGCUCAUUCAUGGAGGCGUGCGGUAUUUGGAGAAAGCAGUGUUCAAUUUGGAUUACAAGCAGCUUAAAUUGGUGUUUCAUGCGCUUGAGGAACGAAAACAGUUUAUUGAAAAUGCACCACACCUAUGCCAUGCGUUGCCCUGCAUGACACCUUGUUUUGACUGGUUCGAGGUCAUCUACUAUUGGAUUGGGUUGAAGAUGUACGAUUUGGUUGCAGGGUCUCGCCUCUUGCACUUGUCUCGGUACUAUUCUGCCCAGGAGUCCGUGGAGCUCUUCCCUACCCUUGCUAGGAAUGGUCAGGGCAGAAGUUUGAAAGGCACCGUUGUGUAUUACGAUGGGCAGAUGAAUGACUCGCGAGUCAAUGUGGGGCUUGCUUGUACUGCCGCAAUGGCUGGUGCGGCGGUGCUGAAUUAUGCAGAAGUUGUGGGAUUUUUGAAGGAUGAGGGCAGUGAUCGAAUCAUCGGAGCGACUAUUCGUGACAAGUUGUCAGGUAGAGAGUUUGAUACCUAUGCAAAGGUGAUUGUCAAUGCUGCUGGGCCAUUUUGUGACUCAGUGAGAAAGAUGGCCGAUAAAGAGGCAGUGUCUAUGAUCUGUCCCAGCAGUGGUGUUCAUGUAGUUCUCCCUGAUUAUUAUUCUCCCGAAGGAAUGGGUCUGAUUGUUCCCAAGACUAAGGAUGGGCGUGUUGUUUUUAUGCUGCCAUGGUUAGGACGAACAGUUGCUGGAACCACAGAUUCCAACACUGGCAUCACUAUGGUUCCUGAGCCACACGAGGAUGAAAUUCAGUUUAUACUGGAUGCAAUCUCUGAUUACCUUAACGUGAAGGUGCGGCGAACAGAUGUUCUCUCAGCUUGGAGUGGUAUUCGCCCUUUAGCUAUAGAUCCAUCAGCUAAAAAUACGGAGAGCAUCUCAAGAGAUCAUGUUGUUUGUGAAGAUUAUCCCGGAUUGGUCACAAUUACUGGUGGGAAAUGGACUACUUAUCGGAGCAUGGCAGAAGAUGCUGUUAAUGCAGCUAUAAAGUCCGGAAAGCUAAAGCCGACAAAUGAAUGUGUAACUAACAAGCUGCGACUUGUUGGUGGAGAUGGAUGGGGACCUGCAUAUUUUACUGUCUUAGCUCAACAAUAUUUACGCAUGAAGAAGAGUCAUAGUGGUAAAGUUGUCCCCGGAGUUAUGGACACUGCAGCUGCAAGACAUUUAUCUCUUGCGUAUGGCAUUUUAGGUGAAAAAGUGGCCGCUAUAGCCCAGAAUGAGAAUUUGGGCAAGCGGUUAGCCCAUGGCUACCCCUUCUUGGAGGCUGAGGUUGCAUACUGUGCUCGGCAUGAGUACUGUGAAUCUGCAGUAGAUUUCAUCGCCAGAAGAUCACGGCUCGCUUUCCUUGAUACAGAUGCUGCUAAUCACGCAUUACCUCGAGUAAUCGAGAUAUUAGCAGAUGAACAUAAUUGGGAUAAGAAAAGACAGAAACAAGAACUACAGAAGGCCAAGCAGUUUUUAGAAACUUUCAAGUCUUCAAAGAAUGCUCACUUCCACGAUGGAAAGCACAGUUAGUUUUCAACACCCAACCAACCAACCAACCAAGCAGAAAGUUUUCAAGAAAACUCAGCCCUCCACUAUAAUAAACUCUUCAUCAGGUGCAAAAUAAAUAUGCUUUGCAUCUUACCUUUAACUUGUGAUUGCUCUAGGCUGAUAUAGUGCAGCCUAACACAUAACAAAAGAAUAAGUUACUCAAGAUUGGUUUAUUUAUUAUUUUAAAAAUCGCUUUCUCUCAUUUUGCUGUCCAUUUUGUAUGAACUUUUAAGAAUUUCCAGUUAUAAAAAUUAUUGGUAAUUUGGUUA